AUGAAUGAGAUGAUUAAAACCUUGCAAGGCCAGCAAAAGGCUAUCGAAGACCUAGCAGCCAAUCUCAAGAAGCUGAAUACAGUGCCCACCCACAGAGGACAGAAUAUACAGCCUCAGCCCCAGUUCCAGCAGCCUCAGCCUAGACCUGACGCAGGUGGCGACAGGUGUUAUCAGUGUGGAGCACCAGGACACUUUGCCCGGAAUUGCACAGCACGAAGUAGACCCCCACCCCUCCGGAACCUCACCACCAGGCCUCCACCUAACCUGUCAAACUAGCCCCCCCUGCUGCUGAGAGUCAGGCAGCAGGAGGGAACAGUCCUGGCUCACCUUGUCCCCCACAGUUACCUGGAAUUGUCUAUGAGAGAGCAGUUGGAAGUUGUCCAGUCACUACUGUGAAGCUGGGGGGAGUACAUGUACGCUGUCUUCUUGAUUCUGGAUCACAAGUCUCCACCAUCGCUGAGAGUUUCUUUAAUAAGCACUUCCGCCCUAGAAGAAGCAAACUGCUUGACACAAACCAAUGGCUUACCCUUACAGCUGCUAAUGGCCUGGAAAUACCAUACAUUGGUUACCUGGAACUAGACUUUGAAGCACAAGGUGUAACCAUCCUUCAGAGAGGUAUUCUUGUGGUACGAGACCCCCCCGGAUCCCCAGUCAAGAGCCCGUAA